AUGGCAGGUGCUACCACACUUCAAGAACUUCAGAACACUGGUGAAUCCCCAACAUCUGACCAUUUAUCCCCUCCUGCUCCAAACCUUGUUUACAGUAUUCCCUCUCACCACACUGCUCUUCAUUUAAGACAUAGUAGUCCAGACCACCCUAAAUCUACAGAAACCCAUCAGCCCAAACACCAUUGCAAUGCCACACACAAUUUCAGGCCAAUUCACAAACCAAUAGAUAACUCCAAAAACUCUACAAAGCAUCACGAACCUCCUCCCACUUCUGAACAAAACCCUAGCAAUCAAGGAAAAGACCCAAUUGUCCGGAAUGGACGCUCUGCUAAAUCCGAUAUCACUCAUAAAAAAUUGUCCAAUGCAAACUAUCCAACCCCAAAACCCAAGAGCAAAACAACAUGUUCUACCUCCAAAACCAGCACAGCAACAGGAACAAGAAAUCACCCCCAAACUACACCUUUGGAAAAUACCAUCAGUACCUUAGACAGUAAAAGUACCAUAACUCUUACCUACCAUUCAGUCAAUUCAGAGAUCGACAAAAAACCCACAUCUUCCUCAGAAAAAAGCACAACAUAUAAGGCAUCAUUUAAGGCAACAGGUACCACAGAAGGAAAAGAAAGUGUUGAGGAUCAUACAGUAGCUAAUUACACAACUAUAGUUGCCUCAGAUAAGACUCUGAUAAAGACUACAGAACAAGCAAAAGACACAAUUUCAACCCAUGUGAAGACUACAAGAGCCCUACAGAUGCCUACAGACCACAGACAACACAGCACAUCAGCCCAUGUUCAACACAGCACAUCAGCUCAUGAGACUAUCACAAGAGCCCUAGCAAUGCCUACAGACCAUGAUCAACACAGCACAUCGGCCCAUGUUCAACAGAGCACCUUGGCCUAUGAUCAACACAGAACAGCAGCUCAUGAGAAGAUCACAAGAGCCUCAGCAAUGCCUACAGACCAUGAUCAACACAGUCCAUCAGCUCAUGAGAAGAUCACAAGAGCCCCAGAAAUGCCUAAAGACCAUGAUCAACACAGCACAUCAGCCCAUGUUCAACAGAGCACAUCAGCUCAUGAGAAGAUCACAAGAGCCUCAGCAAUGCCUACAGACCAUGAUCAACACAGCACAUCAGCUCAUGAGAAGAUCACAAGAGCCUCAGCAAUGCCUACAGACCAUGAUCAACACAGCCCAUCAGCUCAUGAGAAGAUCACAAGAGCCCCAGCAAUGCCUACAGACCAUGAUCAACAUAGCACAUCAGCCCAUGUUCAACAGAGCACAUCAGCUCAUGAGAAGAUCACAAGAGCCUCAGCAAUGCCUACAGACCAUGAUCAACACAGCACAUCAGCCCAUGUUCAACAGAGCACCUUUGCCUAUGAUCAACACAGCACAUCAGCUCAUGAGAAGAUCACAAGAGCCUCAGUAAUGCCUACCGACCAUGAUCAACACAGCACAUCAGCCCAUGUUCAACAGAGCACAUCAGCUCAUGAGACGAUCACAAGAGCCCCAGAAAUGCCUACAAACCACAAGCAACACAGCACAUCAGCCCAUGUUCAACAGAGCACUUUAGUCUAUGAUCAACACAGCACAUCAGCUCAUGAGAAGAUCACAAGAGCCCCAGCAAUGCCUACAGACCAUGAUCAACAUAGCACAUCAGCCCAUGUUCAACAGAGCACAUCAGCUCAUGAGAAGAUCACAAGAGCCUCAGCAAUGCCUACAGACCAUGAUCAACACAGCACAUCAGCCCAUGUUCAACAGAGCACCUUGGCCUAUGAUCAACACAGCACAUCAGCUCAUGAGAAGAUCACAAGAGCCUCAGUAAUGCCUACCGACCAUGAUCAACACAGCACAUCAGCCCAUGUUCAACAGAGCACAUCAGCUCAUGAGAAGAUCACAAGAGCCCCAGAAAUGCCUACAAACCACAGGCAACACAGCACAUCAGCCCAUGUUCAACAGAGCACUUUAGUCUAUGAUCAACACAGCACAUCAGCUCAUGAGAAGAUCACAAGAGCCCCAGAAAUGUCUACAGACCACAGGCAACACAGCACAUCAGCCCAUGUUCAGCACAGCACAUCAGCUCAUGAGAAGAUCACAAGAGCCCCAGCAAUGCCUACAGACCAUGAUCAACACAGCACAUCAGCCCAUGUUCAACAGAGCACAUCAGCUCAUGAGAUGAUCACAAGAGCCCCAGCAAUGCCUACAGAUCAUGAUCAACACAGCACAUCAGCCCAUGUUCAACAGAGCACAUCAGCUCAUGAGAAGAUCACAAGAGCCUCAGGAAUGCUUACAGACCAUGAUCAACACAGCACAUCAGCCCAUGUUCAACAGAGCACCUUGGCCUAUGAUCAACACAGCACAUCAGCUCAUGAGAAGAUCACAAGAGCCUCAGUAAUGCCUACCGACCAUGAUCAACACAGCACAUCAGCCCAUGUUCAACAGAGCACAUCAGCUCAUGAGACGAUCACAAGAGCCCCAGAAAUGCCUACAAACCACAGGCAACACAGCACAUCAGCCCAUGUUCAACAGAGCACCUUGGCCUAUGAUCAACACAGCACAUCAGCUCAUGAGAAGAUCACAAGAGCCCCAGAAAUGCCUACAGACCAUGAUCAACACAGCACAUCAGCCCAUGUUCAACAGAGCACCUUGGCCUAUGAUCAACACAGCACAUCAGUUCAUGAGAAGAUCACAAGAGCCCCAGCAAUGCCUACAAACCACGAGCAACACAGCACAUCAGCCUAUGUUCAACACAGCACAUCAGCUCAUGAGACGAUCACAAGAGCCGCAGCAAUGCCUACAGACCAUGAUCAACACAGCAUAUCGGCCCAUGUUCAACACAGCACAUCAGCUCAUAAGAUCACAAGAGCUCCAGAAAUGCCUACAGACCAUGAUCAACACAGCACAUCACAUCAAGUUCAACACAGCACAUCGGCCCAUGAGAAGAUCACAAGAGCCUCAGUAAUGCCUACAGACCAUGAUCAACACAGCACAUCAGCCCGUGUUCAACACAGCACAUCAGCCCAUGAUCAACACAGCAUAUCGACCCUUGUUCAACAGAGCACAUUGGCCCAUGGGAAGAUCACAAAAGCCCCAGCAAUGCCUACAGACCAUGGGCAACACAGUACAGCAGCCACAGAGCCAACCACAGGAGCCUCAGGACAGGCUGUAGUACACACAAAGAAGACCACAUCUGCCAAAGGGAGGGCCACACCAAUCCCAGCAGAGCGUACAGAAAACCCAGGAAGAACCACAGCUUCCAUAGAGACUACAUGGCCUCCAGUCAAGGUCACAGGAGACAAAUCUAUCAGUUCUUCCACUUCUGGUCCAAAUAAAACUGGUCAGGUGCCCACUGGCUCGUCUACCCUGCCCACUUCCAGCAUGAAACUGAGUUCUAUCAUGUCAGAAGCCCCAGUCGACCAGAGCCAAGCCUACCAGAACAAAGACGGUGCCCAGGGAGGUCUUCAUGCAGGAGAGACGGGGGACAGUACUUCAUUCCCCGCAUGGGCCAUAGUUAUUGUGGUCCUGGUGGCUGUGAUUCUCCUCUUGGUGUUCCUUGGCCUGAUCUUCCUGGUCUCCUACAUGACUCGAACACGGGGUGCACUGGUCCACAACCAUGAGGACAAUGACCCAGAGGAGGAUGGGGGCCCCAAUUCUUACCCUGUCUACCUGAUGGAGCAGCAGACGCUUGGUGUGGGCCAGAUCCCUUCCCCGCGAUGAUCUUCUAGAAAGCGCCCACCCCCAGUUCUUCCAUGCCCUACCCCUUCCUGGAGGAGGAAUUGGACUCACAGUUCCUAUUUCCUGGACACCAGAAGGGCAAAGUCCUGACAGUUAACAGCAUCAACCCUUCAUCUGCUGUGUUCUUAUUGAGAAUGGUCAAGGGAGUGGGUGAUGAGCAAGAAGGAUGUGAGUUUGGGAGACAGAAAAGAAAGAACCAGUAAUAGCAGCAAGUGUUCUCUGUGGAAGAUGAUGGUCUGAGAAUGAAAGUGUUUGAUGGACGCUUGGGGUGGGAGCCAAUACAGGGCAUUGGGUGCUAGGAGGGGCAGGGCAGGUGAGGAAGUUUGGGAGCCUCCGAGGGCAAUGCCCAGAUCUGUCUUGUCAGAUGAGAGGGGAGCCUGAGACAGAGCCCUGGGUUUCAGGACCCAUCUAUAUCAUUUCCACUUACUGCCACUUAGAGUGUGUGAACAGGCUUGUC